AUGCUUUGGUCUAGUUUGGUUGCUGCUGCUGCUGCAGGCAAGCCCCAGCCCAGUCCUACCACCGCUGCUUUCACUCCCGGUGUGGCGCCCUCGCCCUUCCCUACGGAGGCGGAAAAUGCCCGCAUCACCAUCGAUGCUACCAAGGCCUGCGCGCAAGCCGAUGAUGAGUCGCAGUCUCGCGCCGUACAGCUCGCUGCUUGGCUUGAAUGCCAGAUCUUAGCUUUUUAUCCUUACCCACGCGACCCCAAGAACCUGAGCGACACUUCCGCUUGGGAGAAGGGCUAUUACGACACUUUUCACCCUACCCUCCGAGCGUCUUUCAACAGCACGCGUUUCGACUACACCACUUACGUCCAGGUCUACAGGUUCUUCAGUGCAGCCAUUGCAGAAUCUUAUGGUGACAAAUGGCACCCAUGGCGCGACUUUUACGUCGUGUCUGCCGACGCGUUCAAUACGAGCAGUCGAGGCGGUGUUGUCACUGGUAUGGGAUACAACGGUGGUAUCCUGAAGGCAACCGGGAAGCCUUACUAUGCUCCCAACGCAGCUUACUUUGUCGUCAAGGAAAUCGACGGAAGGCGCUGGAUCACGGAAAUCAGGGAGCAGAGUACUCUGAAUGGAUCGCCCCUGCCCGAGAUUUGGCCAAAAGAAGGCCAGGACCAGCGCCCUUGGGUCUACAGACCUGAUUAUGAGUUCCUCACGUCAGAGCAGACGUCCGCCAUCUGCACUUGA